CACACACUCCGGAAUUACUAUCCAGCACACACACACACACACACUGGGGGAAUAUCAGUACUGAAGCCUCUGGUUUUCGGAGUCAUAUCAGCAGGAUGAUUGCCGUCUCAUCCGGCUUCUGCGUCAAUGCUCCGUGAUGGAGAAGUUUCUUAAUCAGAGCAGUUACUAGACUUUUAAGAACGAAGAGGACCUGAUUGAGAACAUGGCCUCCCUUCACAGCGAGCGCAACAUCCGCUCUAAGAUCCAGGAUUUUGAGAAACAGACAAACACGCAGGAGCGCAGCAUCCCGGCACCACGACCCCGCAUCGCCACACGGCCAGCCGUGGCCCCAAAACCGUCUGUGUCUCAGGGAGCUUCGGUCAGCAGCACCACAGAAGAAGAAUCAAACACACAGAUGUUUCCAGAUGGUCUUUAUGACCAGGUUAUUAGUACAGAGAACAUUUCAGUUCCUCCAGCUGUAAUCCCCAGACCUCAGCUGCCAAGACAACUCUCGCUAAACUCCCGGCCGCUGAUUAAACCUCCUCCUCAGUUCCCAUCUCGACCCUCACUGCGCAGAUCCACAGCUGUAAACUCCCAGGACCAGGAAGCUGCCUUCAGCCCUCCUCCAAUCUCGACACGUCCACCAUAUAACAGCCACUGCAGCACCAGAGAAAACGACUAUGUGGAGGAUCCUGCUACUUUCGCUCUCUCAAACCUGAGCCGCAGUGCCACUGUUACCGACGCAGUGAGUCGGAAACCCACCAUUAUCAGAGUUCCCAGCAAACAGGGACAGGAAAUGUCUGAUUUAUUUCCUCCUUCACUUCCUGUACAAAGAGCUAUAGAAGGCGCUGCACCUUCCCUCAGACACAAGGGAUCCUUCAGUAGUGCGUGUAAUUUGGUUCUGCCUCCACGCCCCAGUGGUGGUAAAGUGCUGUCACGUCGCCCCCCUCCUGCUAAACCCGCCCCGGGACGUCCUCCUCCUCCACGGAGAGACAGCAUCCAGCGUAACUCCACACUUCAGUCCAACAAACUGAGGAGGAAUCCGUCGAAGAAAUCGCCUGUGCUUCCUCCGAGACCUAACCCUGGACAUAACCUCUACAACAAAUACACGCUGGAAAUCCCACACGCCAUCGCCGAUUAUGACUACAACGGCAUGCACACCAGAGAGCUCUCUUUUCAGAAAAACGAAGUGCUGGUUCUGCUAAACCAAACAGACAGAGAGACUUUUGAAUGCCAGGUAGGAGAUGCAAAAGGAACAGUGCAAAAGUCCUACAUGAAGAUCAUCACACCACUAUCCAGCUACUCGUAUCAUGACUCCAGUCCAGUGCCACAGGAGAACACUUCACGUCAUCCGUUCAGCAGCUCAGCAGAAAACAGCACUCUGCAGGUUCAAGCACUUUAUGACUUCGCUCCAGAGGGUCCAGGAGAACUUGGCCUGAAGGCUGGAGAUAUCAUUAAUAACGUCGAGCAGAUAGACAAUGAGUGGUAUUUGGGAUCCUCCAGAGGGAUCACAGGCUUCUUCCCAACCAACUAUGUAAAAAUCCUGUCCAGACAGCCUGCAGCUGCAUAUAAACCUGCACCUGCAUCUGUGCCUGCUACGCCUCUGAAAGUCAGUGGCCCACGGUGUGUUGCGAGGUUUGACUUCGAGAGUGAGAACAGCGACGAGCUCUCGUUCACUGAAGGCCAAGUGAUCCAACUCCUGGAGUACAUGGGGGAUGACUGGGCUAAAGGCAAAAUCGGCGGCCAUGUUGGAAUUUUCCCUCUCAACUUUGUGGAAGUGAUGGAGGAUCUUCCACCUUCAAUUGCAAAGAACCAGACCAGGGUUCCUCUGCCUGGAAUAGCUGCAGCAAACCACAUGCAAGCUGCUGCUUCAACACAGAAUCAGCCAUGUGUCGUGGAGCGGGUCAAGGCCCUGUAUGACUUCACCGCAGAGUCGAGUGGUGAUCUACCAUUCCUCAGAGGUGACGUGAUCGAAGUGAUAGAACACAUCGAUGAGGAAUGGAGUCACGGAAGACUGAAUGGCAGAGAGGGAUUAUUCCCUAUAUCAUUCACACAGACACACACAGGUGGAGACUCACAUCGGUAAACAAAGCAGCAAACAAACACAAGCAAUGUGGACUUUCACACGCCAUCCUGAGCUGCGGAUAAAGACGGAUUUAAACGCCUGAAUUUCUAGGUCUUUCUUAUGGUGGAACUGAACUGUGUUAAAGGGGGUGUGACCUUAAUCAAUGAUUUCCUUUUUCUCCUUUAAAAGUAUCUGCUGUGAAUCGAUAGUAACAUGAUGGUCUUUACAGGACUCAUGCCAUUAUGAUCCCAAAAAUAAAAGGUGCUUGUAAGUUGUUCAUUAAUAAACACAUAUAGCACUUUG